AUGCGGGAUCCGCUGAAAUACAACCUCCCUGAUCCGCAAGCGGUCUUCGACAUCUCGUUCUUUCAUGAGAAUCCUGAGCCGUUCUUUGCAUUAUCCAAGGAACUAUUCCCGGAGAACCUCAAGCCAACUCCGUGUCACUAUUUUGUGAGGCUUCUCGAAAAGAAAGGAAUUCUUAGAAGAUGGUUUACACAGAACAUCGAUUCACUGGAAUUCCUAACUGGAAUACCUGAAGAUAAGGUUGUGACUGCUCACGGUUCACAUCGCACGAGCACGUGCACCAGGUGCAGUAAAAAGUUCGAUUUACAGUGGCUUGAAGAGCGGCUGAAGGAUAAAGAUUGUCUAGUGCCGCGAUGCGACAAGUGUGAGGGCGUUGUCAAACCGGAUAUAAUUUUCUUCGGGGAAAACUUACCGAAACGCUUCUUCCAGUGUGCUAUCUCGGAUUUUCCCAAGUGUGAUCUGCUGCUCAUAAUGGGGACAUCAUUAGUGGUUCAACCAUUUGCUAGCAUGGUGAACGAAGUCUCUGAAGAAGUGCCUCGUCUUCUAAUCAACAAGGAACAAGCUGGACGCGCUGGUAUUGUAGAACGAGCCAUGGGUGUUCAAGGGUUGUGCUAUGGAAUGAAGGACAAUAGAAGAGAUGUUUUCUGGAGCGGUACAUGCGACGACGGAUGCCGCCGGUUGGCGGAGCUGCUGGACUGGGAACAUGAGUUGGAUCAAUUGGUGCAAGAGGGUGAAGUGAAAUACAAACCUAAGCCAAAAUAG